AUGGGUUGUGGAAAUAGCUCAAACGCUGGCGUUGUUCCUCUUACUCAAGUGACUGAAUCGAACGCCAAUAAGCAGCGAACUACACCAGUUUCUGAAACAGUUCAACGUGUAGCUAGUGCUUCGUCUUCGAAACGAAUCAAUAGAAAAAGUAUCACAAGUAUCGGUUCUCAUUCAAGUGUUCACAUCAACACACCGACGAUCGGCGAUAACCAUGUGAAAAGUCCAUCAAUACACUCGGCGACUGCUGAUGUUAAUCAAAACAUUAUCAUAGUAUGGGCAGAUGCGAAUAUUGAUCAAAAGAAAAAAUUGUAUCAUGAUUCAAUAACAAAACUUCAACGACUCACUUCUUCAAUCUGUACAUACCGUAAAUCGUCAGAAUGCGUUAGCUAUGUCGAUAGUGUAACAGAGAAAAAGAUCUUUCUAAUCGUAUCAGAUGAAAUGGGAGAAGAACUCAUACCACUCGUUUACGACAAAGAGCAAGUUGAUUCGAUUUAUAUAUUUAGUCAAACUAAAAAAAGAAGUUUGCCAUGGGUAACGAAAUGGUCACAAAAAGUCAAAGAAAUUCUGUUUACUAUGGAAGAUGUCUUUGAACAGAUUAAAGUUGAUAGUGGCCUAGUUGGCAGUUUAGUACCGAUUAGUAUAAUACGUCGAAUGAAUGUUCCUGAAUCGGUGGCAAACGAAUUGAACCAGUCGUAUAUGUAUACACAGUUACUCAAAGACAUUUUACUAGAAAUGAAGUAUGAUUCUACAGCGAAAAGUAAACUGGUAGACGACUGCCGAGCCAAAUACGCUGAUAGUCCUCUUCAGACAAAUUUAAUCGAUGAGUUUAAUCUGGAAUAUAGCAAUCUUUUGGCCAUUAAAUGGUAUNAGUUAUGGUGGAAAAACUAG